ACACACGAGGAGGCUUCAGACCUGUGCGCCUCAGCUCAUUCAGGACUUAUUUUGCUUUAGCGGCUUAUGGCACUUUUACACUCGAUAAUAUACACUCUCUCCAGAUGCUGAUGAUGUGCCUGUUUUUCACCGGGGUACACCGCCCUGUGUGAACCCACAGGCAUGACGGUCCAGUCCGUCUCUGGCUCUCAGGUGGAGCAGGUGCAAGCAACCGGAACUUACUUGCUUCAACACCUCUAGCAGCUAUCCUGGUCUCCUCCUCUGAUAUGCCUACCAAAGGGAGAAAGAAGAGGUUCAAAGGUUAAGUCGGGACACAGAGGACGGGGUGGCAUACCCGGGCAUCGACAGUUCUGGAUUCAUAAUGUUUCUGAAGUCCACAAUAUGACGAUUGUAAGUGAAGAACUGUGUGAUGUAGAUCCCGCCCUUUAUAAAGUCUUAUUUUGAAUCCCUCUGAAUUCUGCAGCGUGGUAGCCUCCCGCACCGUUGCCUUAUGGUUUCCCACACACAUCUCCGUGUGUUGUCUUUUAACGGGCCUGUCAAGUUCAGUUGGCAGCUUUGGAGCCGCUGAAGCUCGACAGGCGCCUGCUCUUUUUCAAGACAUGGGGUGUAUCCAGAGCAUCGCCUGUAACAAGAGCCGCAUCAAACGGGAAAACAUUGUGGUGUACGACUUGUCCGCCACUAUAGACCAUUGCCCCACUGUUAUCGAGGAAAACUCACCGAUAGUAUUGCGGUACAAGACACCAUAUUUUAAAGCUUCGGCGCGGAUUAUUAUGCCCCCGGUACCGCGCAAUGAGACAUGGGUGGUGGGGUGGAUCCAGGCGUGCACCCAGAUGGAGUUUUACAACGUGUAUGGAGACAUAGGCAUGUCAAGUUGGGAGUUACCCCAGCUACGGGACGGCCUGGUGAGAGCCAUCAGUGACUCGGAUGGUGUGAGCUACCCCUGGUAUGGAAACACAACAGAGACUGUGACUAUAGUUGGCCCUACCUCCAAGCCCUCCCGCUUUAUAGUUAGCAUGAAUGACAAUUUCUACCCAAGCGUCACCUGGGCUGUGCCAGUCAGUGAAUCCAAUACACCUUUAUUGACUAACAUCAAAAGGGACCAGAGCUUUACCACAUGGCUGGUGGCACUCAAUGCCACAACCAAGGAGAAGAUCUUGCUCCACACCAUAAAGUGGAGGAUGAGGGUGGACAUUGUGGUAGAUCCUUGUCUGCCUCUGGGCUCCAGAGCCCAACUGGUAGGCAGGGUACAUCAAGACCAGCCCCGGGUACUCACCCGCAUGGAGGCCAUUCCUCCUAAUGCCAUGGGACGACCCAAUGCUAAUGAUGCACAGGUUCUGAUGUGGAGACCAAGAAGAGGCCCUCCACUAGUUGUUAUACCACCCAAAUAAAGUAUGUCGACAAAAAUCAAUCAACAGACUAAGCAAAAUUAAAGACAAAACUGGACGGACAAAGACAUGCAGAAUGAGAAGCAGGCAGACACUAUGCUCACCUUAUUAUGUUUGGUGAGUUCAAUGUGAGGGGACAGCUGCCUUAAAAGACCCACUGCUGCCUUGGUGUUGGUGUUGUUUUGAUCCUGGUGGGUGCUCUGUUUCUGUACUGUAGCGAUAUAGAAAAUUUAAACCAGAGCCUGUUCAUCAGCCUUAACUUGACUGAACUACACUGCAGUGUCAGUGAGUUACUGUUUGUGUAAGAAGAAAUGUCUACUGCUUAUUUAUUCAACAAAGCUAAGUUAUUAUGAGGUGAUGCUUUUGUGAUGCCAUGUUUCCAAUAUUGGAAGUCAGGAUCACAGUUGGGUUUGCUGCUUGUCACACCAUUCUGCCUCACACCAGAAGCCUCAUUUGCGUUAUUGUAGUUUGAUCACCUGGAAUCUUCAUUAAAUGAAGACUGUUUACAUUCAUAGUUUUGACAUAUCACAGGGAUUUAAGUGGCCCACAUGAAGCUUAUGCCAUAGAUAAACAAAAAUAAAACAUAUUUGUAAUAACUGACUUAAUCAAAUUUAACUUACUACUGACCAGAAGCGAAUGUCUUGUAUUUGACAUAAUGGAUAAUAUGUAUUAAAUAGAUUUAAGUCUUUUCCUAUAGACAUUAGCCAAAUAAGCCUUCACACAUUCACCUCAUCAGCAUUACAACCACUCUGCCUCCUGAUAAUGGCAAAUUUCAACAACAAGCACACAAUAUAAGUCUUUUUGGAACUGGCCUAUUGUAGCUAUGACAUGAUUGAGGGCAGCAUGAGAAACCCCACGCUGACAAUCAGAGCAGCACUUUGAAUGCCAGAAUCUACAGGUAAUGUCUGUCAAUGACUUUACAUGUUGUGUGAAUCCUAAUGUUUUAAUGAGAGUAUUUAUUAUACUUGACAAUGAGACAACUCAAGUGUCUUUAACAGAUGUGCCUGAAGAUUUGACAAGGACAAAGCAGUGCCCAGCACAGCAAUCACAAGGAUGCUUGGACUUAUUAUUGUAAUUCUGUCCUGCGUUAAACGUAGUGAUCAGUCCAAAUGAAUGGAGUAAAAUGCUAUUAAGGACAGGAAUCUCUGCCAUCUUGGUCUUUUCUCUCAGACUGUGUGGCUUUUGCAUGCUGUGUUUUUAAAUGAUUAAAAUGAACAGAUUACCAAUAUGCAAUUUCCUUUCCUCUUUGCUACUUACUGUCUGGAUUCAAGUUAUUAAGCUUCAACUGUGUUUUAAAAUGGAGUGGGGGGCAUGACUGAUAGAAUAAUUAUUGAGAAGACAUUUCUUAGUCCACACAUUUGUUUUAUAAAAUAAUCACCCAUUGUAAUUAAAAUAAAGAUAUUAAUUAUGAUCUCAUGUAAAAAAACCAAAA